AUGUCCUUGCGGAGCCGCCGGGCCCAGCUGCUGCUGGUGAACUCGCUGACCUUCGGGCUGGAGGUGUGCCUGGCCGCCGGCAUCACCUACGUGCCGCCGCUGCUGCUGGAGGUGGGCGUGGAGGAGAAGUUCAUGACCAUGGUUUUGGGGAUAGGCCCCGUCCUUGGGCUGCUUUUUGUGCCUCUGAUCGGCUCGGCCAGCGACCACUGGCGCGGCAGCUACGGCCGCAGGAGACCUUUCAUCUGGCUGCUGUGCCUGGGGGUGCUGCUCAGCCUGUUCGUCAUCCCGCACGCCGGCAGCCUGGCCGGCCUGUGCGCCCUCAACCCCCGGCCUCUGGAGAUCGCCUUCCUCAUCGUGGGCGUCGGGCUGCUGGAUUUCUGCGGCCAGGUGUGCUUCACCCCGCUGGAGGCCCUGCUCUCCGACCUCUUCCAGGAGCCGGACAACUGCCGCCAGGCCUUCUCCGUGUACGCCUUCAUGAUCAGCCUGGGCGGCUGCGUCGGCUACCUGCUGCCGGCCAUCGACUGGGCCUUCCUGGCGCCCUACCUGGGCGGGCAGCAGAGCUGCCUCUUCAGCCUGCUGGCCCUCAUCUUCCUGGCCUGUGCGCUGGCCACGCUGUUCGUCGCGGAGGAGGCCGCCCGGGGGGACGGGGCGGCGGGGCCGGCGCCGAGGGACGCGGCGCCGAGGCCGUCGCUGUGGUGCCGGUGCCGGCGGGCGCCGUGCGCGCUGCUGCCGCGCCUUCACGGCCUCUACUGCCGCGUGCCCGGCGUCGUGCGCCGCCUCUUCGUGGCCGAGCUCUGCAGCUGGAUGGCUCUCAUGACCUUCAUGCUCUUCUACACGGAUUUCGUCGGGGAAGGGCUGUACCACGGCGUGCCCAGGGCCAGGCCGGGCACGGAGGCCAGGCGGCACUACGAUGAAGGUGUCCGGAUGGGCAGCCUGGGCCUCUUCCUGCAGUGCAUCACCUCCAUCUUCUUCUCGACAAUCAUGGACUGGCUGGUGAAGCACUUUGGGACACGGGCAGUGUACCUGGCCAGCGUGGUGUUCUUCCCCGGGCUGGCCUUUGUCAUGUGCCUGUCCCGCAGUGUCACCGUGGUCACCAUCUCCGCUGCCCUGACUGGCUUCACCUUCUCUGCCCUCCAGAUCCUGCCCUACACGCUGGCGUCCCUCUACCACCACGAGAAACAGGUAUUUCUGCAUAAAUACAAGAGGAAAGAGGAGGAAGACGCCGCUCUGCAGGACAAGAAAUCAUCCUUCUCCAAGGGGCUGCUCUCCAGCCAGAAGCUGUCUUACCAGAACGGCCACACUGGGAGCCUCUUCUCCUCCUCCUCCUCCUCCUCCUCCUCAUCUUCCUCCCCACCCUCCUCCUCGCCACCGGCCGUGUCCAGCUCCGCUCUGUGCGUCGGCUCCCCCUGCGACGUCUCCCUCCGGAUGGUGGUGGGAGAGCCGGAGCCGGGGGCUCCCGGCCGGGGGAUCUGCCUGGACCUGGCCAUCCUGGACAGCGCGUUCCUCCUCUCCCAGGUGGUGCCCUCGCUCUUCAUGGGCUCCAUCGUCCAGUUCACCCAGUCCGUCACUGCCUACAUGGUGUCGGCUGCGGGGCUGGGCCUGGUCGCCAUCUACUUCGCAACCAAAGUCGUCUUUGACAAGGGUGACAUGGCCAAGUGCUCCGUGUGACAGCAGUGCCAGCUCUGAGUGUGUGUGUGCCCACAGGGCCACUCGUGGGGCGCCUCGCGUGGCACCGGCCGGCCCCAGGCUGGGGCUGCCACCCCGGGGUGGCUCUGGGGCUGGGGGCAGCACGGGGUUAAUCUCAGGUGUAAAUAAGGGGUUCUGGGGUGUUUUCCUCAGGGCCUGAAGUGCUUUCCAAAGGUGCCUUUAGCAGAGGGCACAGCAGCACCAAAGGGGUUCUGCAGGGGGGAGAAGGGAAUUGGGGUUUCCCUCUGAUAACGGGUUGUGUUCCUGAGCAGGAGCAGCACAGGGAGGGGAUCCAACAGUGCCUCUCCUCUCCUCUCCUCUCCUCUCC